CCAGACGUUAAAGAUGAGCCUUUCAGCCAAAGACAAGACCCUGGUGAAGUCUUUCUUCACCAAAAUCGCACCGAAGGCGGAGGACAUCGGUAAUGAGGCGUUGUCCAGGACCCUCUUCGUCUAUCCCCAGACGAAGACUUACUUCUCCCACUGGAAAGACCUGAGCCCCGGGUCUGGCCCUAUCCGGAAGCACGGCUUGACUGUCAUGACUGGUUAUAUGGAUGCUGUUGAGAAAAUUGAUGACCUCUUGGCCGGCCUACUCGAACUGAGCGAGCUGCAUGCCUUCACACUGCGUGUGGAUCCUGCCAACUUUAAGAUCAUAACCCACAAUGUACUUGUGGUGAUGGCGAUGUACUUUCCCGAUGACUUCACCCCCGAAGUGCAUGUGGCUGUCGACAAAUUCCUCUCCAAAGUUAACCUGGCUCUGUCUGAGAAGUAUCGCUAAUGCGGGGACAGAAGAACUACAUACCUCAAUCGAACCCGUCAUUGGUUCGACUUAAUUUGAGCAAUUAAUAAAUCAAUG